UGAGCUCUCCAUAUUGUGAGACUCUCACUUGAUAGCAUUCUUGGGUGCCGAGUGGAGAGGUCCAGCUCAGUUUUCCCUGGGGCAAGGCAGCGUCAGUGAGACGGAUGUGGUCUGGGGUCUGGGGUGCGGAGAGGGCACGGUUGAGGCCUGGAGGUGGAGAUGGAUGUGUGAUCAUGUCCUGAGAGGUGCAAGGGAAUCUUAGGAGACAUGAGAUAGAUGUGAGGGCCAGCGGGAGAGCAUGGCCAGAGGACCAUGGGCCAGGACCCAGCCAAGAGAAGGAAGGAGACUGAGGCAUGGAGAGAGGGAGAGGACGGUGGACCGAGUUAGAUGGCAAUGGGGACAAUGGAGAGCCAGGUAACAGGAAGGCCCAGGAGGAAGGAAGGCCCACAUGGAGCAAUCUGCUCUUCCGGCCCUGGAGCGACGUUCAGGAAGCCCCAGGCAAAGCCAGGAGCAAAGCAAGAUUCCAGGCUCCCACUGGGCAGACGGAGCUGGGCAAGAAACCCCCCAGCUCCACCCCCGCCCCCUCCUCCAGGAACCAUGGAGCCCUUCAGCUCGAAGAGUCUGGCCCUGCAAGCGGAGAAGAAGCUGCUGAGUAAGAUGGCAGGACGGUCCGUGGCUCAUCUCUUCAUCGAUGAGACAAGCAGCGCGGUGCUGGACGAGCUCUACCGUGUGUCCAAAGAAUACACGCACAGCCGGCCCCAGGCCCAGCGGGUCAUCAAGGACCUGAUCAAGGUGGCCGUCAAGGUGGCCGUGCUACACCGCAGUGGCUGCUUUGGCCCCAGUGAGCUGGCCCUGGCCGCCCGCUUUCGCCAAAAGCUGCAGCAGGGCGCCAUGACAGCGCUCAGCUUUGGCGAGGUGGACUUCACCUUCGAGGCCGCCGUGCUGACCGGGCUGCUGACCGAGUGCCGGGACAUGCUGCUCGAGCUGGUGGAACACCACCUCACGCCCAAGUCACAUAACCGCAUCCGCCACGUGUUUGACCACUUCUCUGACCCAGGCCUGCUCACGGCCCUCUACGGGCCUGACUUCACUCAGCACCUUGGCAAGAUCUGUGACGGGCUCAGGAAGAUGCUGGACGAGGGGAAGCUCUGAGAGCCGGGCUGGCACACUCCACCUGGGCCCGAUGGCCGACGGAGAGGCGAGAGCUAACGGGCUUUCUAACCCUGCUCCCUGCACUAACGCUUUCCAGUCCUCCGGCUUCAGUCUUUCCCUAGAGUGCUUGUGACUCUAAGACCACGCCACCCCCACACUGCUGGGGGAGGAGAAAUGAUGCUGGGACUUGAGGCCUCUCUCCCACUCCAGCCCCAGGACAGGAAACAAAACUGCCUGAAAAGAUGAAGUGAAACUUGGAUCUCUUAUUUCCCCUAUAAGGGAUGUUUGAAGCAGGGAAGCCCCUUCCCAUAUGAACCAGGGGGAGAAGGCAUAGUCCAUUUAACCCCUUUGGGGACACUGCAGAAGACAGGGGGGGUCAGGGGGUUCUGACAGACAUCCUGGAUCUCCAGCUCUAGGCAGAGCCUACUUAGACUCCAGAGGCUCUGUCCCAGAGUGCAGGAAGAAGGGGCUAGGGCAGGGGAGAGUCUCACAGGGGAAAUAAAACUACUAAAAC